AUGGUUCACUGGACAGCCGAAGAGAAGGCCGCUAUCAACGCCGUAUGGAAGAAAGUUGAUCUUGAGCAUGAUGGUGGAGAUGCCCUAGGAAGGUAAUUCGAACAUUUUAACAUAAAAUCUCUCACUCACGGUUUAGUCAAUAUCCCUGCUAUAAUGUGCUGAUUAAACAAUACAAUUGACUAAUCUCAGCAUUUAAUCGUGAUAUUCUUGUGGACUUAUCUAUAAAAUGUACCUUUAACAUGAUUUCAAAGUAGAUCUCUAGGAAUUUUGAGGGACAUUCUCUAGGUUAGCAUUUUACUAUUUUUUUUUUAAAUUUAAGAUUUAAAGAGGGACCCUCAAUUCCCAGCAAUUUUAAUUAUUCAGGGAAUUUAAAGUGGAUUUAAAGGUGAGAAAAGACAAACUGUAAAUAUUUUCUAACCCGUGCUUCUAGUUUUGUUAUUUUGACCUUAUAAUUGAAAUUCAAUUUUAUUUCUCAUGUUAUCAAAUAACCCUGAUUAUGUCUACUAAUGCCUAUAUUUUACAAUUAUGUAUUUGUGAGGUGUAAAAAUAUAAAAUAGAUAUAGAAAUCUACACUUCUUUAUACUGCAACUGGGUGCCUCCAUCUUAGCUCCUUGUUAGUCAUUGCUAUAAUCUGUGCCCUUGGCACCUGGCAGUCAGCAUAGAAAAAGCAAACAGAAAAUGAAACAAUGUUUCAGUUUUUUCCACUUCCUUUGCAAUGUUUUCCUUGGCUUUCCCUUCCCCAAACUAUAUUAUUUCAUUUUAUUUUAUAUAUUUAGCAUAUUUUUUAAAUUGGGUUUCUCACUUAAUAGGCUGCUCCUGGUCUACCCCUGGACCCAGAGGUAUUUCAGUUCUUUCGGAAGCCUGUCCAACGCAGCUGCAAUUGCUGGAAAUGCCAAGGUACAGGCCCACGGCAAGAAGGUCCUGGGAGCUCUGGACAACGCCGCCCACCACUUGGAUACCGUUAAGGCCACUCUCCACGACCUCAGUGACAUCCAUGCCCACCGUCUGCAUGUGGAUCCAGAAAACUUCAGGGUAUGUAUUUAAUAUUAUUAUUAUUAUAUUCUAUAUAACUAUGGUCAUUCUUAAAUAAGACAUAGUUUAGUAGUUAUGAACAGUUAUUCUCUCCCACUGGCCAAAUUAAAGUGGAUAACAUUUUAGAUGAAUAGUGGUGUCCAAUUUACAUUUGAGGAAUUUCUUGUAAAAUUCUAAAACUUCAGCUUCCAUGUUGUCUGGCCAACCUCAACAUCAUGGGGAGUUUUAGUUCAUUAGUGGGUGAGGAGUUGCACUUUCUCAUUUCAUUUAGGCCCUACAAGCUUUGUUAAAAAUUUUUUAAACUAAUUAAGGGAUACACGGUUAGUGUAAUUAAUUAAAAUCCAAUGCAUUUCCUAAUUAAAAUAUUAAAGGACAACUGUCAUCACAUUUUCACUUUUUUGAAAUGUUUAUUAAAUUUAAUGAAACUUUUCAUCAAAUUUUUUUAAAUCUGUAUAUUUUUUAUGUUUUUGAGAAAAUAUAUAUAAAUUUUUUUGUCUGGACGAGCAGCCAGGUGGGAUCAGAUUUUACUGUUAAUUACCUGCUGGUUCACAGCAGGUAAGUUUGGUUGAGCAGCAGUUGGUCAGAUAACAGUAGAAUCUGAGCAAACAUUUCUACUCAGCCAGAUAAAAAAACUUUAUUUAAAAAAAAAUCAAUAUACAUAAAUUUAAAAAAAAAAUGAAUGUACUAAAAAGGAACACUUGCAAAAAUUUUAAAAGAAGAGAAAAUUUGAUGACAGUUGUCAAAAAAAUAUUAACUGAAGAUAGCAUUGUAAGUAGGUCAUAUUUACCCAAAUAAUUUUUAUCACUGUGAUAUAAUUAAAAUAUUUUUGAUAAAUGUUAUGCUAUCAUAUCCCGUUUUUUUUUUUGUUUGUUUGUUUUUUACACAUUUUGAAGUUAAGGUUCAGUUGCCUAAUUAAUUUUACUUAUUAAAACUAACAUUUCAGUGAAAUUCUAUUCAAAAUGAAAGAAUAUUAAUGAAUUUUCUUUCUUUUGCAGCGUUUUGGUGAAGUGUUCGUGAUUGUUCUGGCUGGAAAAUUAGGAUCCUCCUUCAGUCCACCAGUCCAGGCUGCUGUUGAGAAAUUCUUUGCAGUUGUUGUGGAUGGUCUGAGCCACGAAUAUCACAACUAAAUGUACUCGCACUUAAAACUGCAUGUUCACAAUGAAACAACUAAUAAAAUGUAAUUUCAAGUAAAACGUUUCUUUGGAGUAACUUUUAUAAAGUCACAGCUAUGUUUAUACUCUAUGAAAACAUCUAAGUAAGGGAUAACUAAAAAAUGGCUCUUUGGCUUUCUAUUGAAAUUCCACUCCUAAAAUGUUCAGCCAGAAACUGUUUAGAUAUAUCAUUGGUAAAGUUCCCAGGGGACAUAGCUCAGCUCAAACGCUAACUGUUAACUAUUCCUGCUCUAAAUCAUGUAAUAUUACCAUCUUCAGUAAAAGUUUGUUUUCUCCCUUAUAUUGGCUCCAUUGGACCCCACACAAGGAAUUAAAUUGUUAAGCGCUGCCUCCCUACAUCCCCCGUUUUAAGUAAAAGUAUAUGAUAUAGGUUUCAAUUUUGGGACAGCUUGGUUGUCAUAUUUAGGAGUUAAUUGAAGCAGAAAUAAAGAAAUUGUAAGUGAUGGCCUUUGCAUGUUUGGAUUAAGGCCAUAAAUUUUAUUCUGGAACUAAUAGAAGGAAAGGAUGAAUUGUCUAAGCAGGGUAGCUAAAUAGCAGGUGAAUUAAGAUUUAUAGAGGUGUUCCUAUAUGGGGUUGGGAUUACUAACAGAGUGGCAGGUAGAUUCAGGGCCGGUGCUUCCAUUCGGUAGCAAGAGCUCAGGGCAUGACCGCCGCUUGUGGCUUUUCCUAUACAGGCAGCCACUCUCACUCGGCAGAAUAGGUACCUGUCUACCCACACGACAGGUGCGUAGUAUGCCCCAAUUUAUUAAUGUCUGGUCUUGGGUGGGGGUAGGGAGAGAGUACGGGCAGCGACGGAACCUACUGGGCUCUUCCUGCUCAGCUCCCUUGCAUGGCCUGUAAUGUAGCACCAUUGCAGGGAGCACAUGAGCGCUGUAUAGGAAGAAUGCAGUGACCCCAGCAGCCCCACUGGCCACCAGAGAGAGGAUCCACUCCAGCUCUCCAAGGCACAUGUAGAGAAGCUGAUGGUAGACCUCUAAAUAAAUAAAACAUUGUGUGUACAUGAAUGUGUCUAUGACUGUGUGUCGGUAUGUUUGUAAUUAUGUGUGUCUGUGACUGUGUGUGUGUGUAUGUAUGUCUGUGAUUGUGAGUGUAUAAUGAUUAUAUGUGUUACUAGCACCAUAUAUAUUCAGUCAGAAAAGCUAUAGGUUUAUGGGAUAAACGCACCAAUUAAUCUCACACAGAGGAUAUUAUUCAAUUAGAAGGUGAUUAGUAGGAUUUGGGAAAAGUAAUGUUAUUAUAUGUCCCUUCUAAAUAGUAAUUUCAUUCAUAAAUGUAUGUUAUCAGCAACAUCAUUUCAUUUCUUUUCAAAUUAUUUUUAUUGAACAUUUUUCAAACUAUAAUGAAAUAAAUCUCCUGGGGGAAAUAAACUUGGGAAAAGGGUACAGAAAAAAAAACUGAAAACGUUUUCAUCCAUCCACAACAAUGUAGAUAUAUGUACUAUGUAAAAUGAGAUAAUAAACAUAUAGACAUUAUGGUCAUCAAGCCAUAGAAAAUAUUAUUAUAAAAACAAUCCAUACAUUACGAGACAAUUAUAAAUCUAAAUAAUAUGCUGCUCUGAUCCUAAUGAAAAAUAUACUGACAGCCAGAAAAAUGGUGAUUUAAAAACAUAGGCAAGAUUAUUUUGUUAUUUUAUAUAAUUUUGAGAAUUUAAAGGAUAAAGGAUAGAUCUUUUUGAAAAGUUAAAAUUCAAUGACAUAUUCCACAUCGGAUUUACCAUACAUUGGGCUUGUUUUCAACCUUAGAUUCAAUUUAAUAUUUUUUUGAAUGAUUUAAUAAUUUUAUACAAACUUAUAAAAUGUUUUUUCCCCAAAAAAUAUUAAAUUCUCAAAAAAUAUGUCAUUUAUAAAAAGAGAUGUUAAUAUAUCAAAAACUAUCAAAAUAUUAAAAUAAUUUUCAAAAUAUUAAAUCAUUUAAAAAUGUAUCCCAAAAAAUAAAUAAUUUAAAAUGCUUCUCCAAAAAUAUUUAAUAGAUGCAAUUGUUGGUAAAUAGCAGUGGCAGGCUGUAGCCAUUAACAACAGGCAGCAUUUAAUUUUGGUUACUAUUUUCUUGUCAGUAUUUGUUUUUUACCUGCUAGCCACUAAUAACAUCUGCUUGCAAAGAUUCCUACCAUACAUAGAAACCACACUCGCAGGUAAAGCAUACAAUCUAGAUUUCUGUAAUAGCAACCACAACAUUCCAGUAAAAAUGUCUGGAAAGUUGUGAUUGCUAUGAGAGUGUGUUUUGUAUUUAUCCUGUGAUUUUCAUUGGCUGGAGAUAGCAAUGUAUUACAUAGUGAUUAUGUGCAAUGUUAGAUACUUUUGAGUUUCAGUUAUGGGACUUUUUCAUGCUUAGUGAAAUUAAGUGUAUCUUUUUUUCUGUUAAAGGACCACUCUAGGCACCCAGACCACUUCAGCUUAAUGAAGUGGUCUGGGUGCCAGGUCCAGCUAGGGUUAACCCAUUUUUUUUAUAAACAUAGCAAUUUCAGAGAAACUGCUAUGUUUAUAAAUGGGUUAAUCCAGCCCUCAAAUCCUCUAGUGGCUGUCUCAUUGAGCGUCCAUAGGAAAGCAUUGUUAAUGCUUUCCUAUGAGACUGGCUGAAUGCGCGCGCAGCUCUUGCCGCGCGUGCGCAUUCAGCCGAUUGGGAGGAACGGAGGAGGAUCGGAGGAGGAGAGCUCCCCACCCAGCGCUGGAGAAAGGUAAGUUUUAAUCCCUUUCCUCUCCCCAGAGCCAGGCGGGAGGGGGUCCCUGAGGGUGGGGGCACCCUCAGGGCACUAUAGUGCCAGGAAAACGAGUAUGUUUUCCUGGCACUAUAGUGGUCCUUUAAGUCGUCUCUUGGAUGGUAGACCUCUGAGCAGGACUAAACAGAAAAAGACAGAUAAGUAUAUUUACUGGUAGUGGGGGUAGGGAAUGGACCAAGCAAGAGGGAGGAUAAAGCAAGCUUUUGUUGUUAAAACUGAAAGGUUUGACAGUCAACUGCAAUCUGGCAAAUGAUUAAUAAUUACAUGUACUGUAAGUAUUGGUGUAACAUUGAAAAGUUCCAUGCACAGACGAUUAUCACGUUAAACUACAUAGGUCUUCAUCUUGUAGACCAUCUGCCAAAAUUAAAUCGACUGCCCCCCUUCAUAAUCUAUUCAUUCAAACACUGGUCUAGUAAAUUCCGAGCAUGUUUAUUUACAUUUUUAAUGAUUACAUUUUAACGUAAUGAUGUGUACAUGUAUGUAUGCACAUGUAUUCAUUUGUAGGUUUGUAUGUGUGUGUGUGUGUGUGUGUGUGAAUCGAGUAUUCGGUAGCUUGCACUCCAGGAAAAAAUAUAAACUAAUGCCAGGUGCAAAUCUGUCAGAACAAUAACAAAACAACAGUGGAUUGCACUCCAUGGACUUAAUACAUGUUAUAUAUAAAACGUAGCUCUUAUUUAUAUCAUGCUAAAAAGUCUACGUUUCAGCUCAAUACCAAUGAGCGAGUUUGUGCUGCUCCCGUGGAAGAACAAGAGUGGAAAGUAUAAUACUUCAGACUUCUGUGGUAUAAGUUUACCAUUUAUAUUGGAAAUAUGCAAGUUAACUAUUUCCCAAAGGGAAGCAAUGUCAGUAAUUCACUUUGUUACCAUUGGCAAUAGUUUUUUUAUUUUUUAUUAUUAUAACAAUUGUUUGAUGGGGCGCUGCAUGUGCCCCUAUGGAUACCACGGUUAGCUACUUGUGGUGUUGUAUGUAAUGGGAAGAAUUUCUUUAGUAUGGUAUGUGUGUGUGGAGGAAGCUGUUUGCAGUGUAUUGUAGGUGUGGAUAGGAACUUUGUGGUGUAUUGUAUGUGUGGAUAGGGGCUGCUUGUGGUGUAUUGUAUGUGCUCGGCUAGCAUUAGUGGUGUAUUGUGUGUGCUAAUAGGUGCUGGUUGUAGAGCAUUGUGUGUUUGGAUAUGGGCUAUUAGCAGUGCAGUGUGUGAAAGAGGCUGUUUGUGUUGUAGUGUGUGUGUGUUUGUUUGCUAAUGGCUAUUUGUGGAAUAGUAGUGUAGAUUUGGAUAAUUGGAGUGUGUGUUUGGAUAGGAACUCUUUUUGGUGAAGUGAAUGUCUGGAUAAGAACUCUUUGCAGUGUUAGUAGAUUGGGACUGCUUAUAAAGUGUGUGCGAAGGUGGCAUACAAAACUAAUCUAUUCACCCCUCCCACUGGCUUACAUAUUGCCAGGGAUGGGGGAAUAGAAAGGGAGUGUGCACUGUGGGGCAAAUGCAGGGAAAUAGAAAAAUAGAAACAUAGAAUGUGACAGCAGAUAAGAACCAUUCAGCCCAUCUAGUCUGUCCAAUUUUCUAAAUACUCUUAUUAGUCACUAGCCUUAUCUUAUAGUUAGGAUAGCCUUAUGCCUAUCCCACAGGCUUAAACUCCUUCACUGUGUUAACUUCUACCACUUCAGCUGGAAGGCUAUUCCAUGCAGCCACUACCCUCUCAGUAAAGUAAUACUUCCUGAUAUUUUUAAACCUUUGCCCCUCUAAUUUAAGACUAUAUCCUCUUGUUGUGGCAGUUUUUCUUCCUUUAAAUACAGGGAGUGCAGAAUUAUUAGGCAAGUUGUAUUUUUGAGGAUUAAUUUUAUUAUUGAACAACAACCAUGUUCUCAAUGAACCCAAAAAACUCAUUAAUAUCAAAGCUGAAUAUUUUUGGAAGUAGUUUCUAGUUUGUUUUUAGAUAUAGCUAUGUUAGGGGGAUAUCUGUGUGUGCAGGUGACUAUUACUGUGCAUAAUUAUUAGGCAACUUAACAAAAAACAAAUAUAUACCCAUUUCAAUUAUUUAUUACUACCAGUGAAACCAAUAUAACAUCUCAACAUUCACAAAUAUACAUUUCUGAUAUUCAAAAACAAAACAAAAACAAAUCAGUGACCAAUAUAGCCACCUUUCUUUGCAAGGACACUCAAAAGCCUGCCAUCCAUGGAUUCUGUCAGUGUUUUGAUCUGUUCACCAUCAACAUUGCGUGCAGCAGCAACCACAGCCUCCCAGACACUGUUCAGAGAGGUGUACUGUUUUCCCUCCUUGUAAAUCUCACAUUUGAUGAUGGACCACAGGUUCUCAAUGGGUUCAGAUCAGGUGAACAAGGAGGCUAUGUCAUUAGAUUUUCUUCUUUUAUACCCUUUCUUGCCAGCCACGCUGUGGAGUACUUGGACGCGUGUGAUGGAGCAUUGUCCUGCAUGAAAAUCAUGUUUUUCUUGAAGGAUGCAGAUUUCUUCCUGUACCACUGCUUGAAGAAGGUGUCUUCCAGGAACUGGCAGUAGGACUGGGAGUUGAGCUUGACUCCAUCCUCAACCCAAAAAGGCCCUACAAGCUCAUCUUUGAUGAUACCAGCCCAAACCAGUACUCCACCUCCACCUUGCUGGCGUCUGAGUCGGACUGGAGCUCUCUGCCCUUUACCAAUCCAGCCACGGGCCCAUCCAUCUGGCCCAUCAAGACUCACUCUCAUUUCAUCAGUCCAUAAACCUUAGAAAAAUCAGUCUUGAGAUAUUUCUUGGCCCAGUCUUGACGUUUCAGCUUGUGUGUCUUGUUCAGUGGUAGUCGUCUUUCAGCCUUUCUUACCUUGGCCAUGUCUCUGAGUAUUGCACACCUUGUGCUUUUGGGCACUCCAGUGAUGUUGCAGCUCUGAAAUAUGGCCAAACUGGUGGCAAGUGGCAUCGUGGCAGCUGCACGCUUGACUUUUUUCAGUUCAUGGGCAGUUAUUUUGCGCCUUGGUUUUUCCACACGCUUCUUGCGACCCUGUUGACUAUUUGAAUGAAACGCUUGAUUGUUCGAUGAUCACGCUUCAGAAGCUUUGCAAUUUUAAGAGUGCUGCAUCCCUCUGCAAGAUAUCUCACUAUUUUUGACUUUUCUGAGCCUGUCAAGUCCUUCUUUUGACCCAUUUUGCCAAAGGAAAGGAAGUUGCCUAAUAAUUAUGUACACCUGAUAUAGGGUGUUGAUGUCAUUAGACCACACCCCUUCUCAUUACAGAGAUGCACAUCACCUAAUAUGCUUAAUUGGUAGUAGGCUUUCGAGCCUAUACAGCUUGGAGUAAGACAACAUGCAUAAAGAGGAUGAUGUGGUCAAAAUACUCAUUUGCCUAAUAAUUCUGCACUCCCUGUAUAGUCUCCUCAUUUACUGUGUUGAUUCCCUUUAUGUAUUUAAAUGUUUCUAUCAUAUCUUCCCUGUCUAGUCUUUCCGCCAAGCUAUACAUAACCUUUCCUUGUAAGUUUUAUCCUGCAAUCCAUGAACCAGUUUAGUAGCCCUUCUCUGACCUCUCUUCAAAGUAUCAAUAUCCUUCUGAAGAUACGGUCCUUUAGUGCACAUAUAGUCCACAGAUCUCAGUGUUCAUGGUCCUACUCGUGCAGAACAUCCAAUAUACGGGUUUGACAGAUAAAGACUCUCGCAGUUGCAGACUGUGACUUCAAAUAUCUCUGCAACUUCUGUUGGUAUGACCUGCGCAGCAUAGUGGAACAUUCACAAAGAUCUGUGCAUGCUUAAGAGAUGCAAACUGUUUUCCAGGGUUUCACUACCACCUUUGGCAACUGGUGUAAGUAACUAACAUACGAAUAUAAAAGGAUAAUGGUAUCCAGCCCCCCUCAAUCCAAUUUUCUGGAUAUAACCUUAAAAAAAAAUAGCACAAUAUAGUGCAGACCAUAUGUGCACAAACUAUAUGCAGUAAAUGGAAUGAAAAUCUCGUAAAUGGCAACUCACAAAGAAUGAGUGGUUCAUGUGCCACUCUCACUAAACAGCUCUGGAGGGAUCGGACUCCUCAACCGGUCAACUGUGUUAAAUCAGCAUCAGCUUUAUUUCCGUCUUUAUAAAACACAUGCUGGAGACAGCGUAUAAGCACAGCCCAUUCGUGAUUAGUCUCAGGCAGUGGUGUAUUUACCGCGAGGCUGACAAGGCAUUUGCCUUGGGCGUCACUUUCAGGGGGGCGGCUUUUUUUGCCGCCCCCUGAAAGUAAUGCCCCGGCACAUGCCAUGUCAGCCUCUUGUCCUGGGUGGCCCAGGAGCUGGCCAGCUGGCCAACUUAAGGCCCCCUUCCCCUCCUAAUGCAGGCAUCCCCUGAUUUGAGAGGUGGGCACAAGGGAGAGCUCUCCCUUGAGCUCUUCCCUGUUCAGCUCUCUUGCGUGCACUGCAGUGAUGCCGGAGCUGGAAUAUGAAGUCACUCAGGCUCCGGGCAUCACUAAGAGGCACACGAGUGAGCUGAGCGGGAGGGUCAGAGUUCCCUAGCCCCCGUCUGAACUGUGCACCUGCCAGAUCACCUGCAUUGUCCUGCCAGCCCUACUGGACCCCAGGGAAGAAAUCAACCAAAAAAAGCAAAUAAUAAAACUACAUUGUGUGUUAGUGUGUGUGUUUUUUAGUGAGAGUGUGUGUGUCCCUCUGCAUCACUCCUCCCAAUUUAAUGCACUGUCCUCCUUCCCAACAAUUUAAUACACUGCCCCCCUCCUUCCAAUUUAAUACACUGCCUUCCCCCUAAUUCAAUACACUGCCCCCAGCCUAUUAAUGGUGGCCCUUGGCAUCCUGGGGGCCCCAUUACUGUUAUUAUAUUGCUGAUUCAACAACAUGCUAAAUAAUUAAGUUACUGACAGUUGUGUGUUGGGAAGGAUGCCGGUACCAGGAGCAUUGACAUGCUAUCCUGGUUGCACCCAGUCCUUUGGAGCAGAAGCCACGCACUAAAACAUGGAAACGCACAGUGUGCCGGCCGAGUGUUAACGAGGUAUCUGAGCAAGUUGAAGUAGCACAGAAGAUGGGUGCUGCAAUACUGGGCCCGGCGGCUUGCUGUCUCCUUUCUCUCACUCUGUAUGUGACAUAGAAGGAGAGGCUAGUAGCCGCUAGCCCUGCUUUCAGGUUGGGAGAACGAAUGUUUUUUCUUUUUAUAGUGUGCCUGUUUGUCUGUGUGUACCUAACUCUAUGUGUCUCUGUAUGUCUGUGUCUUUGUGUAAGCCUAUGCCUGAAUCUGUAUAUGCGUGUCUGUCUGUUUGUGUAUUACUGUCUGUCAAAGGGAGCCCUUUUAGACACCAUAACAACUUCAUAUAAUUUAAGUUGUUAUGGUGGCAGGAGGCCCUCGGGUGUACUCUUACCUCAAGGAGUUAAACUGUUCUCAAAUUGUUUAACCCUAAAGUUGCACUGUAGCGCUACUCUCAAAAAUUCAAAGUGGAAAUAUGAAGUCAGAAGAACAGCGGCAACAGCAGCAACCUUUGGACAGUUGGGUAGUCACUUUAAAAGUAUGAGAGGUUCCAACACACAAUAUGGAAGGCCUUCUCCUAGUGCUAGACGCGGAGAAGGCCUUCGAUAGACUUAAUUGGGAUUACAUGGACCAGUACUGAUCAAAUUCGGAUUUCCUAGGGAAUAUAUAAAAGGCAUAAUGGCACUAUACUCUAAACCAACCGCCAAAGUCUCAAAUGCAGGCUUAAUUUCAAACCCUUUCCCCAUCACUAAUGGCACGCGCCAAGGAUGCCCUCUCUCUCCCCUAUUAUUUGUAUUAUCCAUGGAACCAUUGGCGCAUAAAAUCCAAACACACACAGGUAUAAAAGGCAUUAGCAUCAAUAACACAGAACACAAAUUGUCGAUGUUUGCAGAUGACAUUCUUAUCUCCAUGACACAACCAGAUCAUUCAUUAACACAUCUCCUACACACCCUGGAUGAUUACAGCAGUAUUUCCUAUUACACGCUCAAUCAAACGAAAACCCAAGCACUACCCAUAUGUCUCCCCACAACGGAGGUUACAACGCUAAAACGCAAGUACACAUUCAACUGGAGGCAAACGUAUCUCACAGAUCUAGAGGUUAAAAGCACAGGCACAUUUAGAGGGAUCAGCGCAUGUUAUUUUUCCACUUUACCACAAAUGUGUAAACAAACCCUACAUAAAUGGAAAGACAUUAUGAUAUCCUGGCUGGGACGGAUUAAUGCCGUCAAAAUGAUGGUAUUGCCGAAACUGCUCUAUAUAUUCCGAAUGUUGCCGAUACCUCUCUCACCUACACUGCACAAAUAAAUCCAAACUAUACUAACAACUUACAUCUGAGAAAAAAAGAAGCUCAGAUUACCUCUAGCUCUUAUACAGUCUCCCAGUAAAGAGGGAGAAAUGGGAUUCCCCAACGUAGCAACAUACCAAAGAGCAGCACUACUAGAAAAUGCUAUAAAGCUUCAUGCCCCAAAACAAACACUACAAUGGGUAGAUAUUGAAAAUGAGUAUGACCCCGAGAGCUCAGCAAUAGACUACAUGUGGACACCUAAACAUCUUAGAGACAAGCACAAACCAUUACUUCCACUUACUAGAUACGUCAUACAAGCCUGGGACCAUCUCCACCGCUCAAGCAUGGAUAACAUUAAGUUCUCUCCUUGUGUACCUAUCACAGCCCUAAAUUCGGUGUCUCCAUGGUUGUCCUUACAAAAAGUGGAGGGAACUGGGGGUUACCUGUGUUACAGAUUUAUGCCGACAGGGAACUAUGCUGUCGUUCCCGGAACUGCAAACAAAAUAUCAUCUACCCUCAUCAUUCAUCUUCCCUUAUAUCCAACUGAAGAGUUUAAUUUCCAACAAAGUGGCGCACACUCAAUCAGAAACAGGUGCAAAUGACCACCACCGCAUACUCAUAUGCAAUCGGUGUUAUAAUACACCGGUCAAAAAUAAAACCCUCACAGUAUGUUAUACCACACUAAAAAAUCAAAUAACACACCCAGAAUAUAAGUAUCAAGCACAAUGGAAGGAAGAAUGCACUCAAUAUCCCACAGACAAACAAUGGUUGACCUCGCUCCAUGCCCUAAAAGGCAUCACGACUUGCCAUUCCCAUGUUGAAGCCCAUAAAAAGCUUGUCUACAGAUGGUAUUAUACACCUGACAAAAUUCACAAAAUAUACCCCCAGAUCCCACCUACCUGUUGGAGAUGCGACAGAGAUAGAGGAACAAUGACUCAUAUAUGGUGGGACUGCCCAGAUAUAAAACCAUUGUGGGAAGAGACACAAAAAAUAUGUGAACAACUGGAAAUCAAUCUCCCUCCGAUCACCCCUAAAUUUGCUCUUUUUCUAUUACUCCCGGGCACUCUACCCCAUGCUGACAACCACAUACUAGUGAUGACAAUCCUGGCCACAAGGAAUGUGACAGCAUGUCACUGGAGAAAAUCUGGAUGCCCAACUCCCAUAUUGAUAUGGCACAAAAUAAGACAAUUUCUCAGAUAUGAAAUAUUAUCAGCUAGUACACCGAAACAGUCUUUUAUAGCAAAGCAGAAUUGGCAGAGGUGGAAAGAGCUAGAAAUAAAGAUGGGGUUGUGUAACACUCUGCCGCCAAACUAAGAAGUGAGGAAAACAUGUAUCCACCUUUCUUUAUAUGACACAAGAUAACUAAUCACGACACAUACACGCGAGAUAAAUGAGCAUAUACAAGGAAAUGUUCCAAGAAUAGUGAUAAAGCUAUCAGUAUAACCAAAAGAACACGUUAGCUUAAUCCAUAUCUUUACAUCCCUAAUGUUGAAUUAUAGACACAGUCCAUGCUAUAUAAUUAAAACGAGAAGGAAGGUGUCAUCUGUGGAUAAUUACUAAUAAGCACGGAAGGUAAAUGUUAAAGGAAUACAGGAUCACCAAUGACAUUGCAAUAAGAGAGAUUAGAUCAGCAGAUUAGUAUAUUAAUAAACUAAAGAUCUGAGUGACAUCUAUUAAUGUUGAUAUUCUCUAUUCCUUGUCUGCCUUUUAAUUUUAAUUUUAAUCUUAAUUUUAAUAUUAAUAUUGACAUUCCUUGUUUAUCGAUAACCUGUAAUCAAUAUACCCAGACAAUGGAGAAUGAACCUGCGAUAACAAUAACACACCCUUGUAUACUUGUAGAAAUAUAUAUAAUGUGUGAUAAUAUGUGUUUGCUGUACAUUCCCCCACCGCCCUCUUUUUUUCCUUUCUGUACCCCCAUUUAAAACUUCAAUAAAAUACAAGUUGAAAAAAAAAAAGUAUGAGAGGUUCCCUAGUUCAGCUACUGUUGUGUCUGACCAUGGCUACUUAAUUUACACCAACUCUGAGUGGGAAAUAAAUAGUCUAAAUUAUUGAUCCUAGUGUGAGACUGGUCAUGUUACUGCUGCGCCAAGUCCAGUCCCCACAAACCCUAAAGUGGCACAUUUUAAUUUUUCACUCAGAAUAGCUACAGCAGCAUUUGGACACACGCCCACCCAGGGGCAGAGGUGGCAGUCUGGCAAAAAGGAGGUUCACUCAGAACAGUGACACUGGCAGCAGCAGCCUAUAGAUGAGAGCCUCAGUACAGCUGUGGCCCAGCGACAAAGGCAGGUAGUAGGGCAAGCACUUUUAUUAGGUCCCUGCAAAAUAUGUAACAAAAUAUGGCAGUGCUUUACUGGGUGAAGCACUGCAGCGGUACCAGGGCCAGUGCAAGGAUUUUUGCCGCCCUAGGCAAAAGUAAAGUUUGCUGCCCCCCCACCCCCAUGUGACAUCACAAUGCCCCACCCGUAUGAUCUGCCAUGUUAACUAACGCCAGUGCUGCAGUGCCGCCGUAUUUACAUUAAAAGGCCUACAGGGACAAGCUAUAGACACCAGAACCACUACAUUAAGCUGAAGUGGUUCUGGGGACUAUAGUGUUUUUAAUGUGAGGUAAAUUAGAGAUUAGUGCCACGAAUAAUAUACUAGAUUGCCUACUUACAACCAGCUGAGGAUGAUGAUGGGCUCUAGCUGCAGUCUGGCUCCAUUGGUCUGGUGUUGAACAGGCUCUCUGGAGGCUGUUUGUAACUGUGGUCACAAAAAUCAAUGUUCUGGGAGAACGGGAAGCAGCUCCAUUUUUUUAAGGCCCUUUACACAGCUCAAGGUCUGGGUCCCAGGGUCCACCUUCAUGUUCCACCAAUGAGUUUGUUCACAGGGGGUGGAGUAGGGGGAUGUCCUGAUAUGUGUGUAAGGAAUGCAUUGUGUGAAUCUGUGUUUGUAUGUGUAAGGGCUGCAAGGUGUGUUUCUGUGUAUGUACGGGAUGCAGUGUGUGCGUCUGUACGGGAUGCAGUGUGUGUAAGGGGUGCAUUGAGUGUGUGUAAGGAAUACAUUGUGUGUUUCUGUGUGUGUAAGGGAUGCAUUGUGUGUAAGGGUUGCAUUGCUUGUGUGUGUGUGUCUGUGUGUUUUUCUGUGUGCAAGGGGUGCAUUGUCUUUGUGUGUAAGGGGUGCAUUGUGUGUGUGUUUGUGUGAUGGAUGUCAAUCUCUCCCCCCUCCCUUGUUACUCUCUUUUCCCCCGCUUGUCCCUUUCUUCUCCCCCCCUCCCUUGUCACUCUCUUCUCCCCUGCUUGUCCCUCUCUUCUCCCCUCCCACUCUCAUUCCCCCUCCCUCCCCGUCAAUUCCCCUCCUUUCAAUUUGUUCCCUCCCUCCCUUUCAAUUUAUUCCCCCCACCCUCCCUGUCAAUUUAUUCCCCCCUUUCAAUUUAUUCCCCACCCUCCCUUUCAAUUUAUUCCCCCCACCCUCCCUGUCAAUUUAUUCCCCCCGUCAAUUUAUUCCCACUCCCUGUCAAUUUAUCCUCCCCUCCCUUUCAAUUUAUUCCCCACCCCCUUUCAAUUUAUUCCCUACCCUCCUUUCAAUGUAUUCCCCCUUUUCAAUUUAUUCCCCACCCCCCUUUCAAUUUAUUCCCUACCCUCCAUUUCAAUUUAUUCCCCCCUUCAAUUUAUUCCCUCUCCCCCCCCUGUCUGUUUCCCACCCUCCCCUACCUCUGUUGUAGCGUGGCUGAGCCCUCUAUGGUCCGCUGGUACAGGGAGCUUUUGUUUCCUGUACCCGCGGACCAUAGAGGGCUCGGCCACGCUACAGUGAGGGAGCACUGAGCGCUGAGUGCUCCCUCCUGUCAGCCCCUCUCCUCAGGCUGCGCCCGGGCGGGCAAAGCUGCAGCCGCCUGAGCCUCUCUACAGAGCGCUCGGGCGGCUGCAGCAUGGGGGGGGGGCGGCGUUCCUGGCGGCACCCCCUCCCAAGGGGCGCCCUAGGUGGCUGCCUAGUCCGCCUAACAAGUAGCGCCGGCCUUGAGCGGUACACUUCAACUAACAACCCUUAAAAGGGGGAUAUUGUAAAUUAACAUUUUAAUUACUUGAAGUUAGAAAAACCACGGUAGCAAGCUUUGGACGUCAGCCUCUAGACAGAGGUGGCUGUGUGGAAGAUGGUCAGUCAAUCACACUUACAUUAUAUAUAAAUCCCUGAAAGUAUGGUAAAAAGAUAAUGCGGUGCUUUACCGGGCAAUGCACUUUAGCUCUACUCCCACCAAUCAACCUCAAGAGAAUUGUAAAAAAAAAAAAAUUCACUCAGAACAAUGAGCUUUGGACAUGAGCUCAGGAACAGAAGUGGCAGAGCGGCGAUGGUCUUUUAAAAUGCAAGGUAUUAUUUUGUACACAAUAACGAAAGAGCAACAGAAAGAAGAGCCUCUGUUUUUUUUUCUCCGCAAUUAAAUAAGGGAAAAAAUCCUAAAUCAAUACAUGAAGAAUCACUACCACUACUUGACACUAAGGAAGCGGAGAUAAACAAAAUAUCUGAGAAUUCAUGGAAUGAAAGUGUUUCUAUCUCGGCUGAAUAUUUGGCUAAAUGCCUAGAAGUCCAACUAGAGAAAAUAAAGGAAGAAAUAAGUAUGCAUUCAAUGGAAAUCAAAAAAGAAGUCCAGAAUAUAGGGAGAAGACUGGAAGAACUAGAAGAUAAAACAGAUCAAAUUGAUAUGCAACAAAAGAACAAUACUGACAAAAUAAAUAUCUUGGAAAGAAAACUGGAAAAUAUAAAGGAGAAGAUCGGUGAUCUAGAAGAUAGAUCCAGAAGAAAUAAUCUCAGACUUAGGGGGAUACCGGAGAGCAUUGUACACACAAAAUUGGAAGGCUAUUGUGAGGAACUUUUUAAGUUUCUGGGGAUUGACCUGGACACAGAAAAUAAUUUCAUGGAAAGAUGCCAUAGAACAAUAAAGCCUAGCAUGGUCACAGACCAAUCCCCAAGAGAUGUGCUUAUCUGCCUACGGUCAUACUGGGUCAAGACGCAAAUUAUGAAAGCUAUUUCGGUCAAAGACCUAAAAGAUUCAGCAUACCAACAAAUUAAGAUCUUCCAAGAUCUUUCUUUCCAGACGAGAGCUCAAAGAAAAUCUUUUGAAAUACAGACAGCGAUACUGAGGGAAAAAGAAACUAAAUAUGCAUGGGGGUUCCCGACACGCAUAAACCUAGCCUACGACAAUCAGAGGUUAACCUUUGAAAAACCGCAAACAUUAAAAAAAAUGGAUGCAAGAAAAGAACAUAAUAUAGGAAAGGAAGGGAAUUUCUUUUUUUUUUUAGCACAGGAAAUGAAAAACACAGUAAGAAAAAUAAUUCUGACAAAAGAAGUUAAAACACCAUAGAUAUGAUUGACUGAAUAAAAAACGAAGGGAAAUAAAUACAGAAAUAUAGAUUUAGAAAGAAUAAUUGAACUUAAAUAGACAUUUAUAUAUCUAUUUUUUCUUUUCCCUUUUGGGAGUCCUAAACACAGGAAUUGGAAAACACAAUGGUAAAUUAAUAUACAGGCACUAAUUUAAUUGAUGUCUGUCUUGAGAAGGCAAGAAAAAGGAAAUUUGAUAAAGAGAAGAGGUCAAAAUAUCACAGAUAAGCUGGAUGACCAAGGGGAUGAAAGGAAAAACAAAUUUAGAUAAAAAAGAAUAACUGGAAUUAAAAGAAUAUCUUUUUAAAAUUUAUUUAUUAUUAUUAUUAUUAUUUUUAUUUAUUUAUUUACUUAUUUUUUUUUUUUGUGUGAAUUCUAAGUAUAGGAAAUGAAAAACACGGUAGUAAAUCACCAUAUAGGCACUUAUCUAAUCAUUAUUUGUCAUAGUAAGGAAAAGUUCUUGAUAAAGAAAAGAAGUUAAAACACUAUAGAUAUCAUUGAUGAAUAAAAUAAAGAAGGGAAAGAAAUAUAGAAACAUAGAUAUAGAAAGAUUAAAUUAAUUUAAAAAGACAUUUAUUUAUUUAUUUUCUUCCUCCUCUUGGGAGCCUUAAACACAGGAGUUGAAAAACACAAUGGUAAAUUAAUAUAUAGACGGUAAUGUAAUUGAUAUCUGUCACAAGAAGGAAAGAAAAGGAAAUUUGAUAUAGCAAAGAGGCCAAAAUAACACAGAUUAGAUUGAUGAAUAAAGGGAUGAAGGGAAACAAAUUUAGACUUAGAAAGAAUAAUUGGCCUUUUUUUUCCCCCUCUUCUUAUAGACACAUUUCUCCUGGCCAGGAGAAUACUUUAGCUCACGGAUUGCUGGUAAUCUUGUGAGUCUAAAGAAGGGGUUAUAAGCGACUCUCGCAAGAGGGAUAUUGUCGCCAUUUGAUCUUUCUCCCUAGGAUUAUGGGAUACCUGGGGUUGGAGAAAGAUAGGAGGGAGGAGAGAUACAUUGAUCGAGGCCUAAGUAAAGGCAGAAAAUGUAUAGAGAUGUGUGGAUGUAAAUGUUUGCAUGUUAAGAUGAUGGUCCUCCUAGACUCCCUGCAGAAAAAAUAAGAAUAGGAAGAUAAUAUGAGAUUUGCAACAAUUAAUGCACAAGGAAUCAAUUCGCAAUUUAAAAGAUAUACAAUUCUUGAAUUUUUGAGGAAGGAGCAAAUACAUAUUGUGGCCAUACAGGAAACACACUGGAAAUCAGAAGAAAACUUAAGUCCAAGCUAUCUCCCACGAUAAUUAAUGCCUCUGUAAGCCAAAAAAAAAAAAGAGGGGUAGCUUUUUUGUUUUCGAAGAAUGUCUCUUUGAAAAUUGUUCACCAAGAACUUGAUACAGAAGGUGGAUACAUAAUUUUAGUGUGUGAAAUUAACAACCAAAAAUAUACAUUAGUUAAUAUUUAUGCCCAGAACCAGGCACAAAUUCCAUUUAUUAGAAAAAUAUUUAAUAGAAUUGACCGUGUUAAAACUGGUCGAGUCAUUGUUAUUGGAGACUUUAACUGCGUCUUGGACGCAGAUUUGGAUAAGAGUCCCAAAUUAAAAGGCAAUAACUAUAAGAAGGUAAAAAAUAACAGGACAUUUUUUUCUGAAUUAGUCAAACAAAAUGAACUGUUAGAUUAUUGGAGGAUAUUCCAUGUAAAAGAAAGAGAUUUUUCAUGCUUCUUUAAAACAUUUUAGAACAUACUCUCGAAUUGAUCUAAUUUUGGGGGAUAGAAAUUUAGUGAAACAGGUUAAAAAAAUCUUUAUAACAACCACAACGUGGUCUGAUCAUAGCCCAAUUAUACUAGAAUUAAAAGAACAGUUUGAGAGACCCAGAACAGAAUGGAGAAUGAAGGACUGGAUAAUGAGAAAUGAAAACAAUCUUAAGUAUAUUAAAGAGAUGACAGACCUUUUCUUCCUAGAGAAUAGAAAUAAUGAGGUCUACCCAGCAAUGACUUGGUGCUCAUUUAAAUCGGUUAUAAGGGGCCACCUUAUAAGCCUAACAGUCAAAGAAAGUAAGCUGAAUGAGAAAAGGGCUAUAUAAGGUUGGACGACCUACUGUAUCAAAAUAAAAGAAACCCCUCGAAUAAUAUUACCAAUACAAUAACAGAAGUAGAAAAACUAAUAAAUGACCAACUGAUGGCAAAAGCCAAUAAGGCCUUAAUAGGCAUGAAACAAAAAUGGUAUUACAUGGGAAACAGAGCAGAAGCACUGAUGACAAAUAGACUAAAGAAAGAAAGAGUUAAAAAGGUCAUUACUAAAAUGGGGAAACCUUACUAAACCCAGAAAAAAUAGGAGAAACUUUAAAAAAAUAUUAUUAUGAUUUAUACAACAUUUCGAGUCAAAUAAAUAAAUUAGAUAUCAGAGAGUUCUUAAAAACUAUUAAAAUCCUGAAAAUCACAGAUAUACAACUACAAGAAUUGACUAAAGUAUUCAAGGAGGAUGAAUUGAUCUUCUGUAUUAAUAAACUUAAUACAUAACCAGGACUUGAUGGGUUUGAUAACCUCUUCUAUAAAUGAUUGAAAAACAAUAUCAAAACGGAUUUGAUUGAAGUUUUUAACUCCUUUGGUACAACCGAAAAGAUCCCAGCAGAAUUACUGCAAGCGAAUAUAGUCCCAAUUCCUAAGCAAGAAAAAGAUAUAGAAAAAAUCAAGAACUACCACCCAAUUUCCCUCCAAAAUACCGAUAUAAAGCUCUAUUCGGCUAUGAUAGCAGAACGUUUAAAAAGGAUUAUACCAGACGUGAUAGAUAGGGACCAGGUGGGGUUUGUCCCUGGUAGAUCAUCUACCCAUAAUAUAAGAAGACUAAUUGAUGUUUUGAACCAUGCGACAAGAACGGGGGCUUCCAUGUUGGCCCUGUCUUUAGAUGAAGAAAAAGCAUUUGACAGAGUCAACUGGGAGUUCAUGAGGCAAACCCUUCAGGCAUUUGGAUUAGAGGGAAGACUUUUUCAGAAUAUCUCAGCUCUUUAUACAGUACCUACGGCUAGAGUUGUAGGAAAUGGCUUUGGAUCUGAAUGGUUCUCAUUGCUAAACGGAACAAGACAAGGGUGUCCCUUGUUUCCGUUACUUUAUAUCAUGGCAUUAGAACCUUUGGCUUUAGCCAUAAGACAAGAGCAGAAGAUAGUAGGUUUUGAUUUUAAUAAAGAAAAUAUAAAAAUUAAUUUAUACGCUGAUGACGUCAUCUUAACAAUACAAAAACCUCUACAAUCUAUAAUACGACUCAUGGAAACAAUUGGGAGAUUUUCCCAUGUUUCUGGAUACAAAAUAAAUAUAGAAAAAUCAUCUAUCUUAGCUGUAAAUGUAAAUAAAGAAGAAAAAAAUUAGAUUAUGAAGAAAUUUAAUUUCGUAUGGGUUGUAAAAUCAUUUAAUUAUUUAGGAAUUAAUAUCUGUGCUGAUCCACUGAAAAUAGUAGAGAUCAAUUUUCUCCCAUUGCUUAUUAAAAUGAAUAAACUCCUAAAGGGUUGGAAGAAUUUAGAAUUCUCGUGGUGGGGCCGUAUUAAUAUUAUUAAGUCUUACAUCUUACCAAAAUGGCUGUAUUUGUUUAGAAUGAUCCCCCUGAGUGUCCCUGAUAGUUGGCUGCUAUUAAUACAACAGGCCUGGUCUAAGUUCAUAUGGCAAGCAAAAAAACCUAGAAUGGCAAGAAAACUCCUCUCGAUCAAUCAAUCUAAGGGAGGGGUAGGAUUCCCACUUAUACAACAAUACCAUAAAGCGAGUAUCCUUUUCCAUAGUAUCAUCUCACAAUUGGCUGGGGCUAAGCUAAAAAGGUGGUAUGCGGUGGAAAAGGAACUUGCAGAUGGUAGGGAUCUAGUAACACUUUUCUGGUUUACUCAAGAAGGAGACACAAAUAAGACCCAACCAAGUUCUGAUAGUGUGGUAAUUGAGUCAAUUAGAGGAAUGUGGAGUAAGAUUUAAAAAAAAGCGCAGGAUUUAAAAAUCACAUUAUUAAUACCCUACCGAUCUCAAUAUUGGAAAAUAAUAUGCAAGACCUAAGACUAAAUAAUUGGAGAAGAGCAGGCAUACAAACUAUAGAAGAUAUAACAACAGGACCCAGGGUUAAUUCGUUUGAACAAAUAUGUACUAAUUUUAGUCUCCUGGAAAUUGAGAAAUUUAAUUAUACAAGGAUUAAAAGCUAUCUGAAUAAAACUCUAAAUAAAGAGAAAUGGGAAUUUAAUAAUAAAUUAGGAAAUUUAUUGAAAGGAAAGGACAUGAAAAAUGUAUUAAAUAAAUGUAACUCGGUAUUGAAACAACUAGAGGGUGACUUGACGUUUCCGGCGAUAAAAAAAUGGAAGAAAGUUCUAAAAAUACAAAUAAUUGAUGGACAGGACUGGAAUAGAGCAUGGUUGACAGUUGUUAGGCGCAUUAAAUGCCUAAAUUUAGUGGAACUACAUUUUAAGAUCAUUAACAGACUCUAUUUGGUUCCUAGCCGUCUAAAUAAAAUAGACCAGAGUAAAACAGAUAUAUGCUGGAGAUGUGAAGGGGGAGUGGGAGAUUGUGUACAUUUUUGGUGGAGCUGCCCCCCACUUAAAGAAUUUGGGAAAGUGUUCUUGUCUAAAAUGGAAAUGGUAACCGGAUUUAAUUUUCCCCUUUCCCCGGAAAUGUUUAUAUUACACUUAAAUAUUUAUCAGUAUAAUGUAGAUUUGCAACAUUUUUUUACCCACGCAUUAAUAGCAGAGAAGAUUUCCAUAGCUAGAAGGUGGAGAACUAAAACUCUACCAAACUGGGGCAUAGUAAAAAAACUACUAAUUUCGCAACUUAGGAUGGAGGGAGGUUUGAACAGAAAUCUGAAGAAAAAAAAAUCUAUUUCACAUAAAUAAGUGGUUAAAAAAACUGUUGGCAGUAGAAUAAUAUACAUAGAAGAGGAAGGAAAGAAAAAGGGAAGAGAGCGGAGAAAAAGGGGAAAAGGAAAGAAAGGGGAGGGGGAAGAGGAAAGAAGAAGGAAAAAGGGAAGAAAAAUGAAGAAUGGGAAGGUAAAGAAAGAAAAAAAAGGAAGGAAGGAAAAGAAGGGAGAAAAAAAGGGAAAAGAAAAAAGAAAUGCUAGCUCAUAUAUUAGUACUAUGAAUAGCAAUGCAGAGAGACUAGGGAAGAGGGUUUCAUCAUCAUGUAUGAAUGUUGUGUAUGUCUGUUCUAUGUUUUAGUUUUCUCUUUGUUAAUUAAUAAUAUUAAUGUUUUUUAUAAAUUAAAGUCAUUUAAACAGGAAAAAGAGGAGAGAGAAAACAUUGAUGAUGACUAAUACACCAAUGCCUGAGAUGCAAAGCUGGAAAGAAUAUAAGAGGCUGGUAAUGUCUGAAAUGAAAAAAAAUAAAUAAAAAAAAAUUGUUUUGACCAUUUUGUUUGUCCAAUGUUUGUCUACGUUUAUUGUCUAUUUGUAUCUUGCCUACAGGGUAAACCAAUUAAGUAUGCUGGUUUAUGAUCUGGUCGUCGUGUAUUGUUACAUGUACGCUUUGCGGAUGGAAUUUUGUAUGGCAAGUGUUAAUAAUUACAUAUUGUGUCCCUGUUUUUAUAUGGAUACUUAAUAAAAAAAUAAACAUUAAAAAAAAUUAAAAAAUGAUGAUGACAAUUUUCCUUUAAACUAGGGAGGACCCAGAGCCGAAGCUCAGAAGGAGCAUUGCUGGAUUUUGUGACAAAUUCUAAAAGGUAGAUUCAUUCAUCCACACAAAUACAGAUGUACUAAUUUAUAAAAAAAAUCAAAAAACACAUACAGUGAUAAAUAGCUAUAUCCAUCUAGGCAUGCCUCUUCUGCUUUGGCACUGACAAUUAUGUCCUCCUUCCUGUCUAACAAAUCAAUUAAAUGCCUCCUUUCGCCUGCAUGUGCAGCAUAUAUAAAGAAAUGGUGACCCUGGCAAUUUUAAUAACUUGGAUGCUGGCAUCUUGGGACAGAGAUUAGGUUACCAUUCAAUUAGCUUCCUGCUAAUGGGGGAGCUUUGUAGGGGAGCAUUUACCAUGGUGCACCCACCGCCCAGAUCUGUCAAUGCUGUAAACCAACACAUAUGUGAUUGAAAUUAGUUCCAAAAAAAAUGGAAGAUGUUGUCUUGGGUUGAUUGUAAAGUGAGCCAAACAAUUAUUAGUAUAUAUAUUUUUGUUAACAUUUGUUAAUAUUUUUGUUCAUCGAUGCAGUUUUGCUUCUACAUGAAUCACCCAAUAUUUCUUACUCAAUUUGUUUCUUAACAGCCACUGAAUAGCAUUCUGUUUUUAAAAUAUAUACUCUAAAGCUAGAAAAUGAACUGUUAUAAUAUCUAUUAUAACUGACUUCUAUUUUCUUAUCUGCUUUCUGCUUCUGUGCAUCUCGUUGUACAAACUCAUGAGAUCAGCAUAAUCAGAUACGAUUCUGAAUAGCAAUGUCAGUCAUAUUGUUUCUCUUAUCUGUUAGGACUCGUGUCAAAUGCAGAAAAAAAAGUGUGACAAAGCAAAUUACAAUGGGCGUUCCAUUCUGUUUAUUUUUCUAUAAAAUCUUGGAUGUAAAUCGUGGUGUCUCAGUACCUUUUACUUCUUCUAUCUGAAGCCUCAGCUACUCAUCCCUCUAACAGCCACCAUGGUUCACUGGACAGCCGAAGAGAAGGCCUCUAUCAACGCCGUAUGGAAGAAAGUUGAUCUUGAGCAUGAUGGUGGAGAUGCCCUAGGAAGGUAAUUCGAACAUUUUAAUCACUCACGGUUUAGUCAAUAUCCCUGCUAUAAUGUGCUGAAAACGUACCUUUAACAUGAUUUCAAAGUAGUACUUUUGAGGGACAUUCUCUAGUUUAGCAUUUUACUAAAUUUUAUUUAUUUUUAAUUUUUUUAAGAUUUAAAGAGGAACCAUCAAUUCCCAGCACUUUUAAUUAUUCAGGGAAUUUAAAGUGGAUUUAAAAUUAAUUUCUCAUUUUAUCAAAUAACCCUGAUUAUGUCUACUUAUGCCUAUAUUUUACAAUUAUGUAUUUGUGAGGUGUGAAAAUAUAAAAUUACAUAUAGAAAUCUACACCUCUUUAUACUGCAACUGGGUGCUGCCAUCUUAGCUCCUUGUUAGUCAUUGCUAUAAGCUCUGCACUUGGCAACUGGCGGUCAGCAUAGUCAAAGCAUACAGAAAAUGAAACAAUGUUUCUGUUUUUUCCACUUUGUUUGCAAUGUUUUCCUUGGCUUUCCCUUCCCCAAACUAGAUUAUUUUAUUUUAUGUAUUAUCAUAUUUUUAAAUUGUGUUUCUCACUUAAUAGGCUUCUUCUGGUCUACCCCUGGACCCAGAGGUAUUUCAGUUCUUUCGGAAACCUGUCCAACGCAGCUGCAAUUGCUGGAAAUGCCAAGGUACAGGCCCACGGCAAGAAGGUCCUGGGAGCUCUGGACAAUGCCGCCCACCACUUGGAUACCGUUAAGGCCACUCUCCACGACCUCAGUGACAGCCAUGCCCACCGUCUGCAUGUGGAUCCAGAAAACUUCAGGGUAUGUAUUUAUUAUUAUUAUUAUUAUUAUAUUCUAUAUAACUAUGGUCAUUCUCAAAUAAGACGUAUUUUAGUAGUUAUGAACAGUUAUUCUCUCCCACUGGCCCAAUUAAAGUGGAUAACAUUUAAGAUUAAUGGUGGUUUCCACUAUGUCUCCAAUUUACAUUUGAGGAAUUUCUUGUAAAAUACUAAAUUUCAGCUUCCAUGUUGUCUAGCCAACCUCAAGCAUCAUGGGGAGUUGUAGUUCACUAGUGGGUGAGGAGUUGCACUCAUUUCAUUUAUGCCCCACAAGCUUUGAUAUUUUUUUUUAACUAACUUAUAUAUUUUUAUACCCGGGAUACCCGGUUAGUGUAAUUAAAAUCCAAUGCAUUUCCUAAUUAAAAUAUUAAAGGACAACUGUCAUCACAUUUUCACUUUUUCAAAUGUUUAUUAUAGUUAAUGAAACUUAAGUUAUUUUUUAAUAUAUAUAUAUAUAUAUAUAUAUGUGUGUAUUGAUGUUUUUUUUAAGAAAAUAUCGCUUUUUUUUUUGUCUGGACGAGCAGCCAGGUGGGAUCGGAUUUUAUUGUUAUCCUACCAAAUUCUGCUUGGUGAUACUUACCUGCUGGUCCACAGCAGGUAAGUUUGUUUGAGCAGCAGUUGAUCAGAUAACAGUGGAAUCUGAGCAAACACUCAACCAGAUAAAAAAGUUUAUUUAAAAAAAAAAAUCAAUAUACAUAAAAGAUAAAAUAAAAUAUUGUACUAAAAAUGAACACUUGUAUAACUUUUAAAAGAAGAGAAAAUUAGAUGACAGUUGUCACUUAAAUAUUAACUGAAGAUAGCAUUGUAAGUAGGUCUUAUUUACCCAAAUAAUUUUUAUCACUGUGAUAUAAUUAAAAAAAAAUUUUUUAUGAAUUUUAUAUAUGCUAUUAUAUCCCCUUUUUUAACCCCUUAAGGACCAAACUUCUGGAAUAAAAGGGAAUCAUGACAUGUCACACAUGUCAUGUGUCCUUAAGGGGUUAAAAAAAAACCCGCAUUUUGAAGUUAAGGCUCAGUUGCCUGAUUAAUUUUACUUACUGAAACUAACAUUUCAGUGAAAUUCAAUUCAAAAUGAAAGAAUAUUAAUGAAUUUUCUUUCUUUUGCAGCGUUUUGGUGAAGUGUUCGUGAUUGUUCUGGCUGGAAAAUUAGGAUCCUCCUUCAGUCCACCAGUCCAGGCUGCUGUUGAGAAAUUCUUUGCAGUUGUUGUGGAUGGUCUGAGCCACGAAUAUCACAACUAA